CCUCCCCUUUCUUGUUGCCUGACCUGAGUUCGGAUCGUGCCGCCCGCUGGGAGCUAAAAGCGCGCCCGAUUCCUGUCCCCCUCGUUCUCGAAUUUCGUUUUGAUAUUAUUUCGUGUGUACAGUUCAAUUCUUGCAUUAUCUGGCAUAUCCCACCGAGACAAUGGUCCAUCUCGCUAAAGUCCAUCGCAACAGUGAUGUCGACUCCACAAUUAAGCGUGUCGACUCCAUUAAGUUGGAGAACACUGACGAGGAUGGCUUCUACUCCAGCGUCUACGGCACGCGGUUCGCAACGGAACAACUGCCCCAGACUGAGAUGCCGGAGCGGGAGAUGCCCCGAGAGGUGGCCUAUCGCAUGAUUAAGGAUGAGCUGAGUCUGGAUGGAAAUCCGAUGCUCAACUUGGCGAGUUUUGUUACCACUUACAUGGAAGACGAAGCCGAAAAGCUCAUGACUGAUUCUUUCAGCAAAAACUUCAUCGACUAUGAGGAGUACCCCCAGUCAGCGGAGAUCCAGAACCGUUGCGUCAACAUGAUCGCCCGCCUGUUCAAUGCUCCUGUUGAAAGCGAAGAUGAGCACCCAAUGGGAACCUCGACCAUUGGAUCCUCCGAGGCAAUCAUGCUGGGUACUCUGGCCAUGAAGCGUCGGUGGCAGAACAAGCGUAAGGCCGAAGGCAAGGACUACUUCCGGCCUAACAUCAUUAUGAACAGUGCCGUCCAGGUGUGCUGGGAGAAGGCCGCACGGUACUUUGACGUCGAGGAGCGAUAUGUGUUCUGCACCGAUGAUCGUUAUGUGAUUGAUCCCAAGCAGGCCGUUGACCUAGUUGACGAGAACACUAUCGGCAUUUGCGCUAUCCUAGGUACCACCUACACUGGUGAGUAUGAAGACGUCAAGGGAAUCAAUGACCUCCUCGUGGAGCGUGGCCUCGAUGUUCCCAUCCAUGUUGACGCUGCUAGCGGCGGCUUCGUCGCUCCUUUCAUCAACCCCAAUCUACAAUGGGAUUUCCGUCUCGAGAAAGUCGUUUCAAUCAACGUGUCCGGCCACAAAUAUGGCCUGGUCUACCCUGGUGUUGGCUGGGUCGUCUGGCGGUCCCCCGAAUAUCUCCCCAAGGACCUAAUCUUCAACAUUAACUACCUAGGGGCUGAGCAGGCCAGUUUCACCCUGAACUUCUCCAAAGGCGCAUCCCAGGUUAUCGGCCAGUAUUACCAAAUGAUCCGACUCGGCAAGCGUGGCUACCGCUCCAUCAUGAUGAACAUCACCAUUAUCGCGGACUUUUUGGCCCAAGAACUCGAAAAGCUAGGAUUCAUCAUCAUGAGCCAACGUCGCGGUCGCGGUCUGCCCUUGGUCGCUUUCCGACUUCCUGCUGAGCGGGAGUCUCAGUACGAUGAGUUUGCUAUAGCACACCAGCUGCGCGAGCGUGGAUGGAUCGUUCCUGCGUAUACGAUGGCGCCUAACAGCAACAAUCUGAAGCUGAUGCGCGUCGUGGUCCGCGAGGACUUCAGCAAGAACCGAUGCGAUGCUCUGUUGACGGAUAUCAAGUUGGCCCUUAAGACGUUGGGUGAUAUGGACAAGGCCAUGUUGGAGAAGUACACCCACCAUGUCCGCACACACUCCACCAACUCACACAAGGCCAAGCACAACCACCCUCACUACAAGGGAGAGAAGCAUUCCUUGCAGGGUAAGCACGGCAAGACUCACGGUGUUUGCUAGACUUUAUAUACUUCCAUGUGUACUGUGUACACAUCGGAGACAGGAUCUCCUCCUUCCAUUUCUUAUGUAUGUUGCUUUAAUAGGGUUACACC